GGAUGAGGUCAGGAUCAGGAUAAAGUCAGGAUCAGGAUGAGGUCGGGAUCAGGAUUAAGUCAGGAUCAGGAUGAGGUCGGGAUCAGGAUUAAGUCAGGAUCAGGAUAAAGUCAGGAUCAGGAUAAAGUCAGGAUCAGGACAUGGUCGGGAUCAGGAUGAGCUCGGGAUCAGGAUGAGGUCAGGAUCAGGAUUAUUUUUCCAACUUCUUCCAUGUUUUCCAUCAUUUUUUUUUCUUUCUUCAUGUUUCGUCUUCAUUUGUCCGCGUGCGUUUGCUCGUGCUCGUCUGGAACCGCCUCGUUUGCAGCUUUUCCGGUGACAGCAGCUGGUGGAGAGAAUGGGGGGGUCGAGCUAGAGCCCCGCCCCUCUCCUGACGUCAGCGCUUUAUAAAGGCUGCGCACGGAGCGGCUGAACCUUCCAGCGCUGUGAGCGGCGGGCUGCGCGCGCGCCACACACGCGGAGCUCCUUCCUGCUCAGUAACUUUCUGCGCUUCUCCGCGCGCGAGCCGCAGCAGACACGCGGACAUCCGUGACCGCUGGAGGGGGUCGGUGACCCGGAGGGACGAGCAGGUUUAAAAUGAACGACAGCCUGGAAAACAACCUGACUCAGCCGUACGACAACUGGACGUUCUACAACUCCUCCACGGAGCGCAGCACGCCGCGGAACAUCACCUACGUGGGAUUUUACCUGCACCAGCCGUCCACGGCGGCCAUCUUCAUCAUCUCCUACCUGCUGAUCUUCCUGGUGUGCAUGGUGGGAAACGGAGUCGUCUGCUUCAUCGUGCUGAGGAGCAAAAACAUGUGGACCGUCACCAACCUGUUCAUCCUGAACCUCGCCGUGAGCGACCUCCUGGUGGGGAUCUUCUGCAUGCCCACCACCCUCCUGGAUAACAUCAUCACAGGAUGGCCCUUUGGCAGUCUGGUCUGUAAGCUGAGCGGCAUGGUUCAGGGGAUCUCCGUGUCUGCGUCCGUCUUCACGCUGGUGGCCAUUGCCGUCGACAGGUUCCGCUGCAUCGUCUAUCCCUUCAAGCAGAAGCUGACCAUCUCCACGGCCACCAUGAUCAUCGUCAUCAUCUGGGUCCUCGCCGUCUCCAUCAUGUGUCCGUCCGGCGUGAUGCUGCAGGUGACCAAGGAGCACACGGUGCGAGUGCUGCUGGGCUACGACAACAAGAGCAGCCCGUUCUACUGGUGCCGGGAGAACUGGCCCAACCAGGAGAUGAGGAAGAUCUACACCACCGUCCUCUUCGCCAACAUCUACCUGGCCCCCCUCUCCCUCAUCGUCAUCAUGUACGCCCGCAUCGGCAUCACGCUUUUCAAAACCACCGUCCCGACGGGGGGCAAGCCGGGCCAGGAGAACCGCCACAGCGUGUCCAAGAAGAAGCAGCGCGUGAUCAAGAUGCUGCUGAUCGUGGCGCUGCUCUUCAUCCUGUCGUGGCUGCCGCUGUGGACGCUCAUGAUGCUGAGCGACUACGCCCGGCUGACGGAGCAGCAGUACCGCCUCAUCAACAUCUACGUCUACCCCUUCGCCCACUGGCUGGCCUUCUUCAACAGCAGCGUCAACCCCAUCAUCUACGGCUUCUUCAACGAGAACUUCCGCCGCGGCUUCCAGGCCGUCUUCAAGUUCAGCCUGUGCGCGGCGGACGGCCACCGCCGCCGGAACUACUCGCACCGGCUGCAGGGCAACUCGGUGCUGCCGGCCAACCCGCUGCAGACCACCGUGGAGCCCAUCUCCAUGAACAGCCUGGAGAAGAACCCCUCCAGGAGGCUGCGCCAGGGCCCGCCGCAGGACCUGAUCAUGGAGGACCUGGAGAGGGGGUCCUGCAGCAGCGGGGGGGUGACGGCCGUGUCCAUCUGAAGACCGGAUCACCUCGCCGUGCCUCCGUAACCCGAGGGGAGGUCCUGGACGGUAUCGAAAGCACAAAUCAGAACAGGAACGUGAAGGGUUACCAGAGCAGUUAGAUGUUUGCUCCGGUAUAAACAGCCUCAGAGUUCUCAACAGACGGCCGUUUCACGGAUGUGGCGUGCGUGGCGGUUCCCUCCUGGCUCAGGAGUCAGAAUCCUGCAGCUCCGUGGAUUUAACACCUGCAGGAGUGUGAGUCUGCAUCCAUUCAUAGACCGUCUCUUCAUGACCACGAACCCUUCGCUCAUGCAGAGCGGCUCCCAGCAGAGAUCCCUUCGUCUGCAGCGUUUCCAUCCCAAGAUCUCUCGUCUCCACAGCAGAACCGACCCGUUUGGGUCAUGGUACAAACCUUAGUGAGACUCUGAACCGUCGUAGUGUGCUCUCCCCUUCCACUUUCACCGUCAGAUCUGGAGCCGGUGAUGAAUGUGACGUUUCCAGACGUUGUCUUACUUUAUACUUCUCUGUAAAGAUCCGUGUCCGUCUGCCUGCUGGAGUCCUCGGCUCUCCGAGGCUGGAAUCUUCUCGUUUGCUGACGGCUGGAAAGUUUCAGGAGGAAAGUGUCUUAAAUGUGUUUAUUUUCCUGGUGUUGAGGGAUGAGUCGGCGUGCUCUGGAUCCACACGCAUGUCACAGAAACACUAAAAGGGGGGGGGGGGCGCUCUGACAGGAAAAGUGGCUUCAUGUCAGAAAAUCACUGAUGGGAGGAAAAGCAUCAAAGCUGAGACCCUGAAGAGAACGCACUCAUCCAAACCGAACCCGUCUGUGGAGCGUCGGUUCUGCUGGUUCUGGUGUUCCGUCACGCUAACAUGAGACGACACGGAAAGAACACGGAAUCAUCUGUGUCUACAUGCAGGAAAACCAAAGACGUGGAGUGUGGCGGCUGGUCAGCGGCGUCAGAUGACUGGAAUAACCGUCUCCCUUUGUGAUGGAGCUCAGUCGGGCAGACGCUGCAGCACAGCCUGGCGGGACGCUGAUGGUUGUGCGGUGGCGUCUCGCUGGCUUUAGCAUCUUCUAAUGCCUGGUUCACAGUGGACGCAGAACGGAGCCCGCCUCCAUCCGGCGUCCUCGUUAACCUGUGUUGUGGUUCACACCAGGCGUGGAGCGCCAUGGAAACGCCGCGGUCCUCCACGGAAGGCUCGCGGCGUGCAGCAGAUCACGCCAGCGAUCCGCGUCAAUUCUGGCAGGAAGUUACAUCAAGAUAUAUGAGAAAAUCCAGUUUAUUUUCAAAAUAUAACCAGUUUUUCACAAUAAAACAUCAC